AUGGUCACCACACGCGGGCAGGCGCAGAGGAUUGAGCAGGACGAGGCGACAGCGCGUAUACACGCGGCCGCUGAUUUGCCAGACAACCUCUCCCGAUUACCCGCGCCGCAAAACUCGAGUCUGAAGCCACCAGCAUCAUCGGACGACGAAGACAACAGGAAAGACGAUGGCCCACCAGCGAAGAAAGUCAAGAUAGAGGCGCCAAACGGUGAAAUAGAAGCGCUGGAUGCGACCCAAGUGCGGCAAACAGGGGCUACUGAACGCGGCUAUGUGUACUUCUUCUUCCGUCCCCGAGUCGAAACAUUCCAGCCUUCCUCUGUCGACGAUGUCAAGAAUGUACACAUGCUGCUUGUCCCUCGACCGCCCAAGUUCAGUGUCACAACCACGAAGUCAACGAAGCGGACGAAAGCCGUUGUAGUGGACGAAAUGGACGUGCUUGAACGAGGAGAGGACGCUGUACCCGCUCCACAAGACUCUGGGCCAAAGGCAAAGCAUUACCGUCUGAUUACCCUCGGAAAGAAGGCUCUUCCCGAUCCUGACGGGAACGCCAGGCGAGGCAAGCGGAAGGAAACAUUCUGGGCACGGGUCACGGCUGUGGGAGAUGAUCUAGACGAGUUGGAGGAAGGAUUGGGCGAGAAGACAUACGAAACCAAAACCAGAGGAACACGACACGAUCCCCCAGCCCGUCUUGUUGCACGCGGGUGCUAUGCGCUUGUCACCAACGAGGCUACGAAACCGUCAGACGAGAAGGCAUACCUUGGUUAUACCAUUUCGCACCCAUCGCCCGAGGAACUUGCUUCAGGGGAGCUACACGUUCAAAACGAGCUCAACAUCCGACCUGAAGGGGCAUUCCUCCUGCAAGCAAAGAACCCAUCCGUUGAUACGCCAGGUCCGGAGUUGCCGGAAGACAUCAUGAAAGAUGUGUUUGGCCGGGGACGCAGGGGACGAGCGUCGCAAGGACUGAAGUUCGCGCCAAGUGUGCAACCGAGGGUCCUCGAUUACCCGGGUCUUGAGCUGCUACUAAUAGCAGUUGGCCAUUUGGAGGAGAAGCUAGGUGACGGCCGUGGACAAGGUGGGUCUGUUCUCGAGCAAUCCAGUAUCGAUACUGAAAAGCAAUCAAUGUCAGCAAUGAAGCGGGUCGCGGAGGAGGAGGAAGAUCUAGGUGUCCUAGACAUCUUCCAUGAGCUUUGGGCCACCUCUGAGCCAGACAUCCCUUCGGUGCUCAAUGGAGAGUGGAUUUGA